UAGCAGAAAAGUUCAGAUAUAUGUUCGGGGAAGGAUGAGCAUGGAAUUGUCUUAACUCGCGAGUACGAGGUAAUAGCAACUAGCACUCAAUGCUAAGAAUAGACCAACUAUCAAGAGAAUAAACGUUCUUUCUUUCAAUCCGGCUCCCUGAUGACAAAGAACCAAAUUCUGCAUUCGAAAAAUUUAUCGAGCUGGCGCAAGAAUAAUCCCUUUAUCCCACACCAAGAGAAUAGAGCACUUGCUUUGUUCUUCCUCCAUACAAUGCAUUGUCCCAGAACAGGGACUACUUGUCGGCAUAUAGAAUUGUACAUUGCCUGUUUCAUCUUACCUCCUAACCAGCGCCAUCUAGUUGCAAUAAACUUACCCUGACACAUAAACCUAUCUCGAAGUAUCACCCCACCCGAUACUCACACACGGAUCUAGUCCCCACACACCCCUAGCCACACCAACACAAAGGGAUCAACAUGUCAUCCCCACGCACUCCGGCAGCGCCACCCACCGCUUCCCCAACCCAAACCCAGCUCCAGCACGAACAGAACCUCGCGAACACCCUCCAACCCCUCCCCAUCUCAGCCUUUUCCUCAGACUCAAGCUCAGGCGAGGAGGAAGGCCACAACCUCUGCACAGACGACGAGUACGACGUCGAACUCGGGACCGCGCGACUCUUCCCCAUGCGCCACGCUCCCGUUCGACGUCUCAUCAUUCGACGCCGGAAGACGGCGCCUGUAAUCCCAGCAAGAUCUGCUCGCCGAGCAGUAAAGAGAUCCGUGACGGCGCCUGCUUCACUAAUUCAGGGGAGAGUUACGACUCCGCAUCCGGUAUCUGAGAGAUCGACGAGAGGAGGUGCGACACCGCCGUCAGCAGUUCCGAGAGUACCGAAGCUGGUGCCGAAGAGGGCUGAAAAGAGGUAUGGGAUGGUGUUGCCUCUUACGUCGAAACAGAUUGAGGCAAUCAAGAAACCGAAAUUCACGUCACCGCCACCACUUCCAGAAAGAUCGCUGAAACGCACGCUAGUGUCGAUUUCCGUGCGCUCCGGCCAUGAGGAAGGGGUCGUGCUCGAAGCUAUGCCUGUGCCGAAGCGUGGAGAAAGGAACGCGAAAGAGGAAAGACCGUCACCGCCACCGCUGCCCGAGAGGAGUUUGAAACGUGCAGAGGCUUUACGCCCAGCAGAGAACAAUUCAUCUCUACGAGAAGAAGAAACAAUCGUGGCGCCAGUAGCGCAAUGUGUGCCCACGAAAGCAGCGUUCUUUGACCCGAACUCCAAGUUUGAUCUCUACUCCACCUCCGACUCCGAAAAGGAUGAGGAUGAGGUUGAGGAGGACGAUGUGGAUUGGCUGGCCGUGCAUAAUAUGUAUGAAGACAUUCAAGCUGGCCGUUUGGUCUUUCCUCCUUCCCCCGAAGUUCCGGGUUUGAAGGCUGGAAGUGAGGCAAGGGCGGACGAGAAAGAGGUUUUUGAGAGCCAAGGGAAGUUGUUCGAUAUGAACGAUGAUGGCACUGCCUUCCGCAACCCUUUUACGUUUGAGGGAGGGAGAGAAGUGAGUGAGCAGGACAUGGAUGAUGUUUUGAGUAUCGUUCCAUCUGCCCCAAACAAGGUGAGAAAGACGAGCCAAGAGAGCAUUAAGAGGGCGAUUGGUGAUGAGUCAAUCCAUGGAUUGACGCCGAGCCCGAAGAUCUCACCUAGAACUACUGAGGUUGAGAAGACUGAGGAGGCUACUGAGGUCGCUGCGCCGAAGUCAAGUGUUCAGCGAUAUCAAUCCAUCGGCGCUGACCCUUGGUCGCUAAACGAGGAGCAGGUCGAAGAGGAAGAAGUGGAGGAGCACGAUGAGAUUGUCAAUCCAUAUGGUGAUCAGUUCGCUCUCCCAGGCGGAAGGUGGACCGUUCUCUCGGGUGAAAGAUCCUUGAGUCGAUCAUCUGACUACUCUGCUCCUUCCCGACUUCCCUCUCCUAUCCCACGGGUCAGAAGCCGGGAGGCGAUGCUUUACUCAUCCAUUGCCAAUCCUUGGCACGCUGAAGUCAUGACUGCGAUCAACGCAAUUGCGGAACGCCAAGCUUUGGACGAUUCACUCGCAAUCUUCGCUGGCAUUGACGUCGACGCACUGGUUGCCGACGCUCAGAGCGAGGGAAAUGAACUCCAGAAUACCGAUGAGGCGAAAGGAAGUCUCGAUGUCUUCAAUCUGGCGCCUCAUGAGCCGACUAUGGAAUGUGGCUGUCAACAUUGUCACACGCACUACUGUCCCAGUCGUGAGGACUUGAAAAGUGUCCACGAUCCCAAUGAAUGGUGUCACUGCUUAGCUUGUCGUCUCUUCCGCAGGAAAUCAGAGGAUGAGAACGAGCGUGCUGAGCAGGCUGCGUUCUGGGCAGCAAAGUUCGAUGAGCUGGCUGCUGAAGUCGAUGACGCCUGGGCUGAGGAGGAGAGCAGAUUGCUUGACUUGAUGGAUUUCAAGGCCGAGGAAGAGGAUGCAGAUGCGUUCAAGCCCAAGAAGACCCAUAGAUUGGGCGACUGGGUAAGAAGACAUCUGAGAAGUCCAUGCGGUGUGUGAUCCAGUGAUUCCAGCCUCUUCUGCUCGGUACCCUUGAGGAAAAUGAAGGAAUGAAGGUAAGUUAUUUCUUUGCAAAGGCUAAGAGAUUUAUAACCGUCAAGAAUAAUAAUAGACAAUGAAAAUAUCUCUCCAAACAUAACAUCUGAAAACCUUUGCGUGAAACCUGUGAGACACGAGGCUUCAGCAUCGUCAAAACUCCCGCGACAACAGCGCUGGCCUCAAAACGGCCCGAU